GCUCCUUCAAAACUCCAAUCUCACGGCGGCGGGUGCAGAUAGCUUGAGUCAUCUGAGGGGUCAUAACUUUACCAAUGCUUUCAUAGCUGAUCUGCAAAUGAGCUUGAUGCCUGCACUUGUCAGUAGGUGAUCCUGUUAUUUACAUGUAAUGCUAAAGAAAAAAGAAGAACAAUAAAACACUCAAUGUUUUUACACAGGGAACUGUGAAUCUCGUGUACAGCUUCUUUGUAUGUGCGCACCGCUGGUGCCAGACGCGCGUUUCCAGCCUGCGCUGGUGAUGCGAUGCCCCGCAACCACAGCGGCGAUGAGGGCGGUGCUGGUCUCUGGAUGAAGACCUCGCAGCACUAUGGCAUGAAAGAUGUUGAAGCCGGUCGCGGGACGAUGAACAACGCGACCAGGAAUGCCGACAGUCUACUGUCGGCGCCGGGUACAACAGGUGCAGGAGGCUCCGAGAACCAGAGGAGAAAUCAGGGCGCCCGUCUAAGCCUGCUGGGGAAGCCGCUCGCAUACAGCGCGCAGAGCGGCCGGAGAAACGCGCGCUACAGGAAGCUCCAGAACUACCUCUACAAUGUCCUGGAGCGACCGCGAGCCUGGGCAUUCGUUUACCAUGCCUUUGUGUUCACAUUGGUCUUUGGCUGUCUGGUUCUGUCUGUGUUCUCCACCAUCCCGGCUCACAUGGACCUCUCCAAUCACUGUCUCCUAAUACUGGAGUUUGUGAUGAUUGUUGUGUUUGGUCUGGAGUACAUCAUCCGCAUCUGGUCUGCUGGAUGCUGCUGCCGGUACAGGGGAUGGCAAGGACGACUGCGCUUCGCUAGAAAACCAUUCUGUGUGAUAGACAUUAUUGUGCUCAUAGCAUCCAUCGCAGUGGUUUCAGCUGGUAGCCAGGGCAAUAUUUUUGCCACGUCUGCACUUCGCAGUCUGCGUUUUUUGCAGAUUCUGCGCAUGGUGCGCAUGGACCGGCGAGGCGGUACCUGGAAACUGCUUGGAUCUGUAGUCUACGCUCACAGCAAGGAGCUUGUGACUGCCUGGUACAUUGGCUUCUUGGUCCUGAUCUUUUCUUCAUUCUUGGUCUACUUGGUGGAGAAAGAAUUUAACAAACAGUUUGCCACCUAUGCUGAUGCCCUCUGGUGGGGUACGAUUACCCUCACAACCAUUGGAUACGGGGAUAAGACUCCACAGACCUGGACCGGACGACUUCUUUCCGCAGGGUUUGCUUUGUUGGGCAUCUCGUUCUUCGCUUUGCCUGCUGGUAUUCUCGGCUCUGGCUUUGCUCUGAAGGUCCAAGAGCAGCACAGACAGAAGCACUUUGAAAAGAGGCGAAACCCAGCCGCCAGUCUCAUACAGUGUGUGUGGCGUAGCUAUGCGGCUGAUGAGAACUCGGUUUCCAUUGCUACCUGGAAGCCUCAUUUGAAGGCGUUGCAUACCUGCAGCCCUACAAAGAAAGACCAGGGGGAAUCCAUCAGCAGUCAAAAGUUAAGUUUCCGUGAGCGAGUGCGCAUGGCCAGCCCGCGUGGUCAGAGUGUAAAGAGCAGACAGAUGUCUGUUAACGACCGGCGCUCUCCUGGCACAGAGGUGGCAGUGGAGGGCAGCAGUCCAGCCAAGGUCCAGAAGAGCUGGAGCUUCAAUGACCGAACACGCUUUCGACCGUCGCUCAGGCUCAAGAGCCAGUCACGCACAACGACUGAAGCUGACACCACUCUUGGACCGGAUGAUGCUUUUGAUGAUAAGGCUUGCCACUGUGAUGUGACAGUAGAAGAUCUGUCAGCUCCGCUAAAGGCAGUGAUCAGGGCCAUCAGGAUAAUGAAGUUCCAUGUGGCCAAAAAGAAGUUUAAGGAGACACUGCGGCCGUAUGAUGUGAAAGAUGUGAUCGAGCAAUACUCCGCUGGACACCUAGAUAUGUUAUGUCGUAUCAAGAGUCUGCAGACUAGGUUGGACACCAUUGUGGGUCCACAGACCCUGAGCAGCAAAGCCAAGACAUUUUCCUCUCCUUCCCUCCACUUGUAUUACAGCCAGGCCAAGAGGAAACACUCUGCCCCAGGACUGAACUCAGCCAUGGGUCCACAUCAGACACUCAGCACCAAAGCCAGGAACCUUUCCUCUCCUUCUCUACACUUGUAUUACAGCCAGAGCAAGAAGAAACACGCUGGGGUGGAUCAGAUACUGGGCAAGGGCCAGAUUUCAGUGGACAGAAAAGGCAGAGAGAAAAUCCUCCCAGAAGGAGAGUCUCUGGAGCAUGACAUGAGCAUGCUUGGCCGCGUCUGUAAAGUAGAGAGACAAGUCCAGUCCAUAGAGUCAAAGUUGGACUCAUUGCUGGAUAUAUACCGGCAGGUGUUGCAGAAAGGCUCCUCUUCGAUGCUCGGGUUGUCUGCUUUGCCACUAUUUGAGCUGGAUCAGACCUCCGACUACCAAAGUUCCCUCCAUAGCAAGGAAUCUUCCUCCCAGCUCACCGGUAGUGGAGUGUCUCGUUCCUGCAGCAGUAACCUGCACCGCGGUCUUCAUCUUGCUUUGGCCCCUAGUGAACUCAACUUGGGUACCGGUUACCCACAUUCAGCCUCCUCUUUCUCACCUUCCCCUCUCCUCAACAACCAACCUUCCAGUCCAGACAGUUUCUACCCAUCAUCCCCUCCUCCAAUUCUCACCCCCAACAACCUCUCCAGAAGCCACCAGCGGUUUAGUGAGUUAACCAGGCCUGUCCCAACAGUCCAUUCAACCUCAACAACCCUUCAGCUCCCGCCAAUGGUACCAGCGCCUCCAGGUCGGCCUACCAGCCUCAUCCCAGAGACUCUACAGGAGAGCCGGGCUGAGUGUCCGACAAAUUGCCUGCUGGGGACCCAAAACGAGGUUGAGUCAGACAAGGAGGCUGAGAGUAUUCCAAGCACGGUACAGCUUCGGGACAAGCCUGAGCGCAACUCCAAGGAAGAUGGGUCCUGGAGAAGACAUUUGAGCCUUGACAUUGAUCCACUGAUGCUCAUGUCUUCCACAGCAGCUGCUUCGCUACAGGUCGAGCGUGGACUCGGUAAGUCUCUUUCAGCUCAGAACCUCAUGCUACCAACUGCUGCUGACUGCCACCCUGCAUUGUCCACUCGGAGCAGCGGCAGCAGCAACAAUGAGUCCAGCGACCGCGAGCCGCUGACCGACUGGGGCGAAACGGAACUCUUUAUCAGUGACAAAGAGAUGGACUUCCUCCACCAACAGAGCAACGACACCAACUUCUCUUCUGAGCUGCUACGGACAGGGGCCAGCGGGACGUCUCCCAGUCAGGCUGGACCAAGAGAUGUUCUCGAGUCCCAUAACUUGCCUCACGUAUGCCUCGAAUAACCCCAACGGAGCACAGCAACCUCACUGUGGAGACUGGACACAACCUCAUGUCCCUCAUGUGCUCUUUUCCAAAGGAGUUGGAGCAUCCCAUAUGUUCUGUAUGUUUUCUGAUUUUUAUGAGGAAAAGAAACACUGUUCAUAAGGUUUUGUUCAUACAUACAUAUCAAUGCAUGGACAAUUGAUCAUACUAGAGAAUUUCUAUUAUUGGAAAGCUGUUGAGCAAAAAAACAUACUCCAGGUUCAAUAUAUACGUUAAGCUCACUCGACAACAUGCGUACUGUAAUCUUUGAUUUGUAACAUUUUAGAAUCUUUAGUAGACUUUAUUUUAUUGGGAUAUUUGUGAUGUUUUGCAUGUGUGUGUAUUAUUGUCAAUCAUUUUUUAGUAAAUUAGUUUGAAUGAACUCCAACUUGCGCUCCUUGUUACAGUGAAGCAAUAUUUAAAGUGAACAGCAGGGGUCUAUUCUUCAUACAUGGAUUACUCAAUUAGCUAUAUUUGGUUGUUGACGAUUUGACACGAUCCAGGAUCAUUUCGUUCUUCAAAAUUCAUUCGAGAGUUGUUGUCAUAGCAACAGUU